GUCCAUUCCCCCUUUAGUUAAUAAUGAAUUACUGGAUGCAUUCAGUUCAGUUCACUGGAGACCUAAUUGACUUAAAGAAGCUUGUGAAUCGCACAGUGUCAGUUGAGGUGCAGUGUGCUCUGUACUUCAGAGGUCGACUUGGCAGCCCAAGGAGGAGUACAACUCAGACAAGCUGCAUGCAAGGAAGGAAAAGGAUGUGGAUACGUUCAGACUUCUGUCAGUGCCUUGCAGGAGAGUUGGUUUGCAAGGUUUCUUUCUUGUUUCUAUGACCUGCAUCUGAUUUCCAGAUAUUUUCCAUGGAUGAAGUUGUGUUUCACUGGGCAGAUUAUUUGUUCGGAUCUACUUUGUUCUUCUAACAUUAAUUCAAAUUCCAUCCAGAAGGUAAAAUGCUGUAUUUAAACAUGUAAGAUGAACUAUUUUGUUACUUUCAACAUUUAAGUUGACAGUAUACAACGUGCCAUAGAAAUAAGAAGGUAGUCAUGUUUGUAAGAUAAACGACUACAUUAAAGGAGAAAGGAAUCUGGGGAAAAGUCAAGGCAGCUAUUUGAACACUGCAUACAGAAAAUCUUACAAACCUAGAGGCGAAUCGAGCUGAGGAGCCAUGCAGGUUUCCUUUGCCUGUUCGGAGCACAGUAUAAAAACUCGGAGUGCAGAAGAUAGGCUAAAUCGUCAAAAUGUGGGUAGUCCGAACCUUGGCACACGUACAAAAUUCCGAACUGUGGCUAUGGUCGCCCGGAGCCUAGGACAUCUGUCAGUGCAAAAUGUUCCAACCCCAAGCGAUUCCAACUUGCGUCAUCCAGGAAUGAAAUAUAGAAAUCUUGGCAAGUCUGGCCUAAGAGUUUCCUGCCUUGGCUUAGGAACAUGGGUGACAUUCGGAGGUCAGAUCACUGACGAGAUGGCAGAGCAGUUGAUGACCUUGGCAUAUGAUAAUGGAAUAAACCUUUUUGACACAGCAGAAGUCUAUGCUGCAGGAAAGGCCGAAGUUGUAUUAGGAAAUAUAAUCAAGAAGAAAGGCUGGAGACGAUCCAGUUUGGUGAUUACUACCAAAAUUUUCUGGGGUGGAAAGGCAGAAACUGAAAGAGGUUUAUCGAGAAAGCAUAUAAUAGAAGGGUUGAAAGCUUCUUUAGAAAGGCUUCAGUUAGAUUAUGUGGAUGUAGUCUUUGCUAAUCGUCCAGACCCUAACACGCCAAUGGAAGGGGACCCAUUUAGUUCUUCCAAGUCAAGAACAUUCAUCAUAGAAGAAACCGUAAGAGCCAUGACUCAUGUGAUUAAUCAAGGAAUGGCAAUGUACUGGGGGACGUCACGUUGGAGCUCUAUGGAAAUUAUGGAAGCAUAUUCCGUAGCUCGCCAGUUCAAUCUCAUUCCUCCUAUAUGUGAACAAGCAGAAUAUCAUAUGUUUCAAAGGGAAAAAGUAGAAGUACAACUUCCAGAGCUUUUUCACAAAAUUGGUGUUGGCGCAAUGACCUGGUCGCCGCUUGCCUGUGGAAUUGUCUCUGGGAAAUAUGAUGGUGGGAUCCCACCAUACUCUAGAGCAUCACUAAAGGGUUACCAGUGGUUAAAGGACAAGAUUUUAAGUGAAGAAGGAAGACGACAACAGGCAAAACUAAAAGAGCUCCAGGCCAUUGCAGAGAGAUUGGGUUGUACCCUUCCACAGCUCGCAAUUGCCUGGUGCUUGAGGAAUGAAGGAGUAAGCUCUGUUUUGUUAGGUGCAUCUAAUGCUGAUCAACUUCUGGAGAAUAUUGGAGCAAUACAGGUCCUCCCGAAACUGUCCUCCUCCAUUAUCCAUGAGAUUGAUAGUAUUUUGGGUAACAAGCCAUAUAGCAAAAAAGACUAUAGAUCCUAACGGUGAUUGGCGCUGGACGGGACUGUCACGGUUCUACUCCAACUCUAUCUGCCUGCUUAAGCAUUACUGAUUCAAAGUGGAGUGUGGCUGCAUCAAAGAACACCCCGUUUCCAGAUAAAAAUGUCAGGAAAACCUUUCAAAUGAUUAUUGUAAGAAUCCAUGCGCUUAAUGUAUACAAAUAUCUGCUGAUUUGCUAAACUGCACAAUAGUAUUUAAUGCAGGAACCUACUUUGUAGAAAUAAUUUUUGUUUCUUUGAAACAAUUGGCUUUUGCGUUCCUUUGGUCUGUCGUUGCCGAACUCUGAGAAUUCCAUUCACAUAUGCUGGUCACGACAGUGUUUCAGAUACUGGACUAUCCUGCAAUGUGAUAUUCUGGCAUCAUAUGUCGGUCUCAGUGCUUUGUAUGAAAAGCUGGAUAUGUGUUAAUUACAUCUUCUGCUUAACAUUCUCUAAAGCAAGGAAAUAACAAAUGCAUACCAUACAUUUCUAUGAUGUUAUUUAUAAACUGUGCAUUCAUGCAAUAAUACACCCUCAGUGUCAGAUUGCUGGCAGCUCUAAUGUUAUUAGAUGCAUUAUUGUGUUACUUCCUAGGGCAGACAUAUCCAAUUGAGGUUUGGGGGUGCAUGCAACCCUUUCUCUUCUACUUUUUAACCUUCAAUCCACUGUUUAACGUUGUAAAACGUUAUUGCUUGUGGGUAUUUUACUCAUUAUAAUGCAUAUCUCCGGUUUGUCCAUGAUUUCUGCAGUCUCGAAUGGGACGGACCUAGUGGUGGUGAGGUUUACUCAAAAGGGGCAGAUAAGAUGCGUUGCCGACAUUUUCCCAUUAGGAAAAAACACAUUUUUGGAAUGGACGAUGAUAAUCUGAAUUUGACUGUAGCAUUCAAAAUAAUCCCCAUUCCAGAUCAGCAAUGAAGACUGCUAUGUUGUGCACCGUAGUGUAUUGUAUUUAGUAUCAGCGAGGAAUUGCUGACUUCUGGUUUAUAAGCAAUACACUUACAAUAUGCCGUAUGCCAGCUUUUUUGCCGUUCACAAGACUAAAAAGUGAAUGCCAGGGGUAGGGGAGGGAAUUUUUAGAACCAUGACAAUCAAAAUGCCUUUUGGGCUGUUCCUUUAAAGGGGAAUUAAAUUCUGUUUUUCUUGUAGGCAAAACCUUGCCUGCUAGUAUGUACUUCCUUUCAUGUAUUCAGUACUAAAUUAGUAGUUUCGCUAUGCUUUGGCACAGGACUUGCCACUGACCUUGCCGGGCAGCUCAGUCAGUAGCUCAAUGAAGUAUGUGCAACUGGACAGGUUGCUUCGAGCUUUUCUACUCCAUACUGGCUGAGCCUUGAGCAUAGCGAGAAAUGCCAUCUUCCGCCUUCCUUCCUCUCCAUCUCUUUAAGUUUCCUAACUAUAAGGGAAAGUUUUCUGUGCUGAUGGUAAUGACUUGGGGCAAACACACCAGAAUCAGUAUCUGCAACUUCAGAUAGGCUGCAUGAGGAGUAGUUUCCUUAAUUAUAGAUUUAAAAAAAUGUAAGACCCAGGUCUUGUCUGUGUGCCCAGGCCAGAGCCCUUAAUAUUGCAAGCACCACUGGUCCCCAGUCUUCUUACGUAUCCUGCCCUGAUCUCUACCUGCUAUUAUCAUUUAUGUGAUUUAACUGCGAUUCUGAACACGGUACCUUUAGUGAUUAAAAAAAUAUCGGUGCACCACAUAUUAUUUUUUUCUUUGUAUAUACUGGGCCACAUGUUGCUCUGGUGCAUAUCCUGAGCAUAAUGAACAUUUAGAAGGCUUAUCUGCUGUAUAUUUGUAUACAAUUAGUAGAAAGCCUUUUGUUGGCAGAUGUCACACUUUUCCCCUGGUUUGGUGGUGUCAUUCAACCUGCUUCCUUAGUCCCUACCAUAAUCUUUCUGCCAAACUAACUGUAAAGCCGUAAGGAGUAUUGUAGCGCCUUACCUGGUACGGAGAUGGCUGCCUAAAGCUCCUAUUUGGUAGUUUGUGCUAAUUGAACAGGAUUAUAUUAGGGCAUGGCUU